AUUUUCCCACUUAAAAUCCUUAAAAAGUUGUGAUUUUGCUGUUUCUAUAAGUAUCUCUGCUACUUACAUCCAUGCACUAUUUCUUGUUUUACAUUUUCAUUCAGUUUUUAAAAAUAUUCCCAUUUACAUAUCCUAUUCCAUCAUGAUUAAAAUUUUUAUUAAGGCUGAGAGGAAAUGAUUUUAGGAAAUGAGGUGAUCAGAGAUGGAUGGGGCAGUGGUGGUAUACAGGGCAUACUGGGAGAAGGGGUGUGGAAGAGGAGGUGGGAGUGCCCAGUCCCCUAGAACCGAGGGGGCAGCGCCUUUGCAGAACCCCAGGUGACGGAUACUGCUGCUGUUCAAGGCUGCACAGUUGCCCGUAUUUACUAUUGCUAACUUAGGUCCGCCAGUCACCACUUAAUGCCCUUCCUGCACACAUGAACCCUAAUGACUAUUUUGUGAAACAUAUUUCUCAUUAACUGAAUAUUAUGGUUAAAUGAAAAUGGGCCAAAAAGUAGUUUUUAUUGAAGACUUCAUGAUGAAUACCUUUCAGAAGGUCUGCGUUCCUGUGUAAAUUGAUGUUGAAGAUUAUUCUUGUCUAUUUCUUCUCUCUGAGGCAUCAUUUUCAUUCCAGACGUACCUAGUUAUGUUCUGAGUGUAUGUAACUUGUAGAAAAGAAUGUCUGGCAUUGAGUCAUGUUCAUUGAAGCUGACAAGUGAUGGCAGCCGUUUUGUUUUAAAUGAAUACUUGGUAUUAGAUGACUCGUUAUACCUUUCCUAUUAAGAAUUAAAAUACAACAUAGUCUUUUGAGACUCGGGCUGAAUGACAUUUUAUCUGCUUCACGUGUGUGAAACUUUAUCCUCAUACAAAGUUACCUUCUGAAUUUUUGUCUUAUAAAGAUUAUACGGAUGACUGUGAUCAAAUAUUCUUGAGAUUUACAAGGCUUUCUUUAACAGGCAGAUAAUGGCGAAGCAUUUUGUUUCCUUUUCUGUCUUUUGAAAGCAGAUGCGUCACAUUUUAGCUAUGUUAGCACUACAGGUUGUGUAUAUUGGAUGGAGAGCAGAAGUUAUUUCUAAGUUGGGGUUCAGGAAGCUUAGGAAAUGCCUAUUCAUACUUUAUCAGCACUUGCGUGUGAGUCAGCAGUUUGCUAAGGCCUGCAAACAUUUAUUUGGAACUGUCUAGUUAGUAUGUAUUGCAAAAAGUGGGAGAAAUUCUGGUGUAACAAAAUUCUAAAUUUGGUGCUCAAAUUCAUGAUGGCUUUAGGCUGCAUUGUUAAUGCAAGGGAAUUUCGCAGUCUUUAUGGAAAGAUAGAAUUAAAAAUCAAGUUUACUUUGGUACAUUAUUUUGAAAGCCACAGAAAAUUUUUGUGAUACUUUUCAUAAUCUGUUCAAGACAAUUUGUAUACUGUUUUUUUUUCAUGUUGGAGAACUGUUGAAAGAUAUUUGAUAGAUAUUGGAAUAAUGUGUUAUUAUCUGGUGUAAUCAUUACAUAGUUAUCAAGUGAAAAUGGAUUUGUUGACCACUGAGUUUUCAAGAAUUAGAAAAUUUGAUUUUUAUAACACUGUUCUGUAUUGCCUAUACUAAUUAGAGUCAGGCUGUGUGUGUCUAAAGAUACCAACUUGAUCUUCCUUGGCCAGUUGUCUUUCAGGUAUUUUUCUAGCUCCCAGUGGUAGGAGUGGGACCCUCUUCCCUUACAGCUCUGGAGAAGGUUGAUGCCAGUUAGAAGAAUGCGCUCCACUGAACUUUCAGGCACCGUUUGUUACGCAGGAUGUCUCUGAGUGAGAACACAGUUUUUGCUUAUGAAUCUUCGGUGCACAGCACCAAUGUCUUGCUGAGCCUCAACGACCAGCGCAAGAAGGAUGUGCUGUGCGACAUCAGCGUGUUCGUGGAGGGGCAGCGGUUCCGCGCCCACCGGUCGGUGCUGGCGGCGUGGAGCAGUUACUUUCACACACGCAUCAUAGGCCAGGCUGAGCCGGAGCUGAGCAUUACCCUUCCGGAAGAGGUGACAGUUAAAGGAUUUGAACCUUUAAUUCAGUUUGCUUACACUGCUAAACUGAUUUUAAAUAAAGACAAUGUGGAUGAAGUGUGCAAGUGUGUCGAGUUUUUAAAUAUACACAAUAUUGAAGAGUCCUGCUUCCAGUUUCUGAAAUUCAAGUUUUUGAACUCAACUACAGACCAACAAGAAUGCCAAAGAAAAAAAUGCUUUCCAUCAUACUGUCAGAAAAAAGACCUUAAAUUUUCACUUGUGGACCAGAGGGAUCUAGACGUUGAUGAAGUGAAAGAAUUUGUGGAAAACAAAACUGCUCCUCAGUCUAAACUCCGCCGGUAUCAAGACGAUGCCAAAGUGGCACCUCCCCUCCAAGAUAGUGCCAGUCAGACGUAUGAGUCCAUGUGCCUAGACAAGGAUGCUAGUCUGGCUCUGCCGUCUCUGUGUCCCAAGUACAGAAAGUUCCAGAAGGCUUUUGGAACCGACAGAGUUCGUACAGUGGAAUCCAGUGUGAAGGAUGCUCGUGCUGCUUCUGUUCAGCCUAAUGAGACAUCGGAAAAUGAAUGUCUGGGAGGAGUCCAGGACUGUGCAGACUUACAGGUGAUUUUAAAAUGUGAAGAAAGUAAAUUGUCAUCAGAACGCGAAGAAACAAAGGUGAAAGAUCCUGCCUCUCAGUGCUCAGCCGGAAAAGCAGAUGUGACUCCUUUGGCCCACAAUUCCUCUACGGAUCCCCAUGGACUCUACUCUCUGUCUCUUUUACACACGUAUGACCAGUAUGAGGACUUGACUUUUCCUGGUGUGCAAAACAGUGCAGUGUUAGCAGAGAAGCCUUUGUCAAGUACAGAUGUUCGAGAAGAAAAAACAUUUGGGGAAAGCCAGGAUUUACAUCAGAAACCCGAGCCAGGCCCCAGAGAAGACGGUGGCCAUGCAUCUAGCGAUCGGAGCAGUGUGGAACGAGAAGUGGCAGAACACUUAGCCAAAGGUUUCUGGAGUGACAUUUGCAACACAGACUCUCCUUGCCAGAUGCAGCUGUCACCUGCCGUGGCCAAAGACAGCUCAGAACAGAUCUAUUCGCAGAAACGCUCGGAGUGUCCCUGGUUGGGUAUUAGGAUCAGCGAGAGUCCAGAGCCGGCUCAAAGGACUUUCACAACAUUGAGUUCUGUGAACUGCCCUUUUAUAAGUACUUUGAACAAUGAAGGCUGUUCAAGCAGUUUGGAAAUUGGAAGUGAUGAUUAUGUGUCAGAAGCCCAGCAGGAACCCUGUCCUUACGCUUGCGUUAUCAGCUUGGGAGAUGACUCCGAGACAGACACAGAAGGAGACAGUGAAUCCUGCUCAGCCAGAGAACAAGAGUGUGAGGUUAAACUACCAUUUAAUGCACAGCGAAUAAUUUCGCUCUCUCGGAAUGAUUUCCAAUCCUUGUUGAAAAUGCACAAGCUGACUCCAGAACAGCUGGACUGUAUCCAUGAUAUCCGAAGAAGAAGUAAAAACAGAAUUGCUGCACAGCGCUGUCGCAAGAGAAAGCUUGACUGUAUACAGAACCUGGAAUCAGAAAUCGAGAAACUGCAAAAUGAAAAGGAGAGCUUGUUGAAGGAAAGGGAUCACAUUUUGUCCACUCUGGGCGAGACGAAGCAGAACCUCACUGGACUCUGCCAGCAAGUCUGCAAAGAAGCCGCUCUCAGUCAGGAGCAGAUACAGAUCCUGGCCAAGUACUCCGCCUCGGACUGCCCGCUUUCAUUCUUGAUUUCUGACAAAGAAAAGAGUACUUCUGAUGGUGAACUUGCACUCCCAUCCAUUUUUAUCUUGUCUGAUGGGCGCCUAGGUGUGUUGCCUCCCAGCGGGAGAGGAACGGGCGAGCCUGGUGGUGUGCCUGGGCAGGAGGUGCAGCCUGCUCCCGCGGCUGGCCCCGAGCAGGCCCGGCCCGUGCCCGAGGAGCAGUGUCGGCAGAGUGGUGGCAUCUCCGAUUUCUGCCAGCAGAUGACUGACAAGUGUACAACGGACGAGUAAAUUUGCAUUCGUUUCCUUCAGACCAUCCAGUUUUCUAUGGACGUUUUGGUGUUGCUUUGAAACCUAGUGUGGCCAUCUAUCACUUACCAACGUUGGUUUCCACCCUGGGAAUUUGUCAUAAAGAGAUUUCUCUUGCGCCUGAAUUCUUCUAGAUUUCCAUGGGAAUGGAGACACAGAAACGAUUUGUCUCUUGAGUACUGACAAAUCACAUGUGAAAAUGUACGCUUUUUGAAAACUCUAUUUUAAAAACAAGUAACUAUUAUUAACAGCUCCUCCCAGUAUUUUUUUAAAAAGUCAGCAAUAUAAAAGCUGGAAACUUCUUCCGAUUCUGUCAAAGAAGUGGCUCAUAGAGGUUUAAAAACUUGACCUGUUCACAGUAUGCUGAUUUAACAGAAAGUUUCGUCCUGAGCCAUGCGGAUAGAGUUCUGUUGUAUUAGGAAAUGUCGGUCAGCUUGGUGGAUGGACGUGUUUGCACAGAGCUGCAGUUUUGUUUUAAUCCUUGAGCUUUGCUCUUCAGCUCUACAGGGAGAGCUUUCCUAGACUUCUUUGUGAUCCUGGAAGGUGUCAGAAGCAGAGCUGGCCUGGAGGCAGGGCUUCUGCUCCUUCUCCAUUUCAGCUGUCCAGUUACUGGCUGCGAAAUGAUACAUAAGUGUCACGCCCCCACCAACCUUUUUUUUUUUUCCUUUGUAUAGUCUCUGCUGUAUUUAAACCCAUGAUGGAAUUUCCUUUCCUGUUAGUGGAGACUCCGGUUGGAGUUGCUUGUGUGGACAUGCUGGUAGCCCUCUGUGGCCUUGCUGGCAUUUGGGGGUGCUUUCCAGUGGACAGGUCUGUUUCCAUUCCCAACAUAGAUUUCCAGUGCCAGAAAAACUGGGCAUCCAAAAGAGAGAAAUUAAAGACAUUUACUAGGAAUUCCUUUAGUUUUUCAUCCUGCUUUUUAAAUCCUGUGGUUUACUUUUGAAAAACAUUUGUAGUUAAAAUUGUGUCUGUAAUAGCUCUGCCGGUUUGUGAGAAAUUGAUAAAUUCAAUCUUCUUGCACUAUGAAUUUGCAUUUAGAAUCCAGGUUCAGUCCUUACUCUUUUUUCAAGUUUGAUGUGGCAAAGAGAUGCAAAAUCAGCUUUUCUGUCUUAUCUAGUCUUGUUAUGAAAUAUAUUCUGAUCACCCAGCUUGUAACAGUCUGCAGUAAUUGAUAGCUAUUGUGGAAACACAGACUUCCUCAAGAGUCAGGUGAUAACGAUGGAUCUUCUCAGCAAUUAAAAAUAAACUUCUUGUAUGAGUUGAGUUUCUCUAACCUGAGAAAUCUUUGAAAUGUUCCAAAAUUCAAAACUGAGUGUUGACAUGAGACCCCAAGCAGAAUGCUCGCAGUUGACCUCGUUGUGAUGGGUUGCUGGCAAACUGCAGGUGCACAAGAAACAUUGUCUAAAGGCCAUGUGGACAGUAUCUGUAACAUAAAUGGACUCCCUCCUCAAGAUAGCAUAUAUGAUAUAUUUGCAAAUUUUGCAAACCCUAAGACACUUUUUGGUUCCGGCCGUUUCAGAAAGGGCUACUCAGCCUGUAUUCACACUUAAUAGAGGCGUUCGCAGAAUCUAGUUUUAAAGUGUACAGGAGAGUCCACCUCUGUGCUCUUGGCCAGAAAGCACUGGAUUUCUCCAAGACCAUGCACCUGAGACAGAGAGAUCACUAUAGACUACAUGCUGUGUCUAGUGAGAGCCUGGGUGGCUAACCUGGAGACCACCAACUACCUUAUAUGAAUGAGCUAGAAGCAAGUUGAUCUUCGCUGUGAGAAUGCAUGGGGACCACUCUUGGUAUUUGAGAAUAAUUUGUCAAUUGUUACCCUUUUUCAUCAAAGUGUAGGUGUGAAAGAUACUGCUUGUAUCUUCAGUGGUUUGUAUAUUAUCUCUUACGGACUUGGUCGUAACAGAAGAUUCAUUGGGAUUGUCUCCUGGAGCAUGUCAAAAGUACCCUCAGUUUUUCAGGGAGAAUAUUUCUGUGAUAAUGUAUCCCGUUCUCCAAAACAAUGAUAAAUAUCUGUAUCCAGAACUAGGUCUAGAUAUCCUCAUUAACUGUUUCUUCUAUGAUAGUUUGAAAUUUCAAGCAUAAUAUAAGAGAACAUGGAACUUUCCUGGUUUACAUAAUGUAAAAUCUUGUUCCAAGCCAGUGGAACCCUUGAUUUCCUACCUCAGCUGUCUGUCAUAUCAGUUUAUGUAUUUGAAAAUGUCAGAUCACCUUUUCCUAAUUUUUAAUCGCUACUGUAAAUAUUUGCUUUGAAACAUGGUUACCUAGUAUGUCAUGAUAAAACAGCUGUCUCUGGAGUUUAAAUUUAAUUUUUAUGACACUUGGUUUCCAUUUCUCUAUACUAUAAACAGUUUAGCAUUAAGGGUUUAUUUUAAUGUUGUCUAAUUAGUGGCCAUGUGUAAUAUUUCUUAACAUUUAGCAUUACUUUUAAUAGCCAGCAUGUAAUACAAGUACCUACACUACCUCAUACUUAAAUGAUUUUCAAGGUGUAAUAUAGAUGGACAGAUAAAAAAUAUUUUAUCUUUGUCUUUUGGCCACAAAGUGGGGAAGUUUUCUAUAUAUUGCAUAGCAUUACACAUUCAUGCCUAUUUUAACAUUAACUUCUACAGAAGUUUUUUUCUAAGAAAAUUUAACUCAAGGCACUAUUAUUUCUUCUUUCUUUUUUUUUUUUUUUGAGGCUGCCGAAGACAAAUGACAGGAUUAUGUGUAUACAGCGUAUGCCUUUUUCCUUCAUGCAGAAUCUUAGAAGUAUUGUUUUCAGUUUGUUCGUUGUGUAUUUACAUGAUCAUUGUUCCUUUAUGAACCGAGUCCUCUUCUCAGUGCUUGCAGAUUUUUAAAAAGCUGUUGUCUGACUCAAUAAAAACAGUAUCUUAAAA